GCACCCCGAGCGCAGCGGAGAGCCACAACAACCCCUCCAUGUGCGCGGCGGCGCGGAGGAAGAUGAGAUAAAGCCACUCAGAUGGAGGCCAGUCCCGCCAGCCUCAAGAGGCUCAAGUUUGGGAAGCUGAAGGUGGUCCGUCGGCGCUUGCUGCAGAGAUACGAGCACCAGCCCUUCAUCUCCUGCCUGGCUGGUUUCUACAGCUGCCGGUGGAAGCGCUACCAGCGCGAAAGGACCGAGCCCGGGAAAUGCUGCUGCAGCACGCGGGAAUGCAUGUUUUUCCCAUUGCUCGUUGCAGCUUUCUGCUUUUCUCUGGUCUUUCUGUACACAUGGGGUGAAGGUAAAAAUGACUACAAUGGCUUUGACUGGUAUAACUAUGGGAACCUGGGCUUCUGGUUUCUCUGGUCUCUUGUUAUCCUGAUUGUGGCUGCGGUCUUGUUCACAUACAUCUCACUGUUACUGGUCCUCGCGAUGUGUUUGCUUGCAGAAGGUCAGCAGCUGUACCUGCACUGGAGUCACAAGAUUGGUACUUUUCUCGUCUUGGUCUUCUCUAUCUCAUCCCUCUUUGCAUUAUCUAUACUCUGGCGAGAUCACCGGAAAACUGUCCGCCUGUCAUUCCAGGUCACAGCUCCUUAUCUCCACAUAGGGGCAAUUGCCAUCAUGGUCCUUCUUGCCUGGCCUGUGGCUCUUCAUGCCGUCAGAGCAGAUAAGAAAGUUACUCAGGUGAUAAUUGUUGGUCCAUACCUGGCUAUCCUUCUCUUUCUUUUCUUGAUACCUCUGGGGAUGUACUCUCCUUGUAUCAGAGAGAUGGGAACACUUGGACCAAAGCCAGCCCUCAUUGGACACCGUGGAGCACCAAUGCUGGCACCAGAAAACACUGAGAUGUCAUUUCUGAAGACGAUUGAGCAUGGUGGGGAUGGUCUUGAAACAGAUGUUACCAUAAGCUAUGAUGGAGUUCCUUUCCUCAUGCAUGACGACACUUUGAGAAGGACAACUAACAUCCAAGAGGUCUACCCUAAUGACACUGGUAAAGCUGCUUCGUUUUUCUCCUGGGAUGCCCUGCAGAAACUGAACGCUGGAACAUGGUUCCUAAAGAACAAACCAUUUGUAGGGAUGGGCUCGCUGUCAAAGGCAGAUCAAAACCAGGCAAUGAAUCAGUCCAUUUACACGCUAAGUAGUUUUUUGCGCCUCGCAGACAGUCACAAUAAACUUGUGAUAUUUGAUCUCUACCGCCCUCCAGAGAAACAUCCUUACAGGAACUUGUGGAUCCGCAAAAUCCUGGAUGUCAUCCUCAAGGAGUCGAAGAUUAAACGCCAUCUGGUCCUGUGGCUGCAUAAUGGAGUGAGGCCCUUUGUUCAAUCUGUCGCUCCUGGGUUUCAGCACACGAUGGGCAGAAAGGCACCAAUAGAAGACCUAUUAAAGCACAAUAUCGUCAAACUCAAUCUGGUCUACACUGACAUGUCCAGUGAAGAUAUCCGGAAAUAUGCCGAGGCAAACAUCACCACCAACUUCUAUGUGGUCAACGAGCCAUGGCUCUAUUCCCUGGCAUGGUGCUCUGGGGCACACUCUGUGACCACCAAUGCCGUCCACUUGCUGAAGGAUCUCAGCCAGCCACUCUUCCUCAUGACUCCACAGCAGUACAACAUCAUGUGGAUCCUGACAGAUCUGACCUCUGCAUUCCUCAUCUCACUCAUCUUUGCUCUGCACUGGUGGCGAGAGAAGAAUUUCUCCUGCUGUACUCAGGACAGUAACCCGGUGGUAGAGAGUGGCACCUACAACAAAUUCAAGACAGAGCUCAGCGACAUGCCUGCCGUUUUGGCCUGACAUGGGCAGAGAGGGGACAUGGACCUGCCAUCUUGAGGAGGCUGAGGAGACCAGCUGGUGGGGGCUCAGAUCUGCCUGGUGAGGAGGAGCCAUUUGCCUUCAUGGCCCUGCUGGAGAUGAGCACCAACCUUCCUCUCCUACAGCUCUUUUCACAUUCCCAUGCCUGUCAGGGAUCCUUGGGGUAUAGGAGAACGCUGAUGGAAAAACUUAGGAGCCAUGAAGAAACUGUGCAUUAUGGUGAGAUAAUGGCAGCAACCACAUGGGGAGCCACCAUUUACGUGAGACCACUGGCAUCCCACAGGGCAAUCAUUCCUGCUGUGCAUAAGCCCUGUUUCCACACAUGCUGCAAAUAUCUGAGCAUCCCUCAGUUCUCCUCAUUCUCAGGUGCCUGGAUUUCUUCCAUCAGACCAGCCUCUUCAUCACACACUACCUCCUGUCCUGCCCCCUUGCAGGUGUGCUCCAUCCUCAAGGGCACACUAUCCCCACCACGAUGGUUAGAUGCUGCUGACUGGGUCAUUACGAUUGGUACCUUUCUGUAACAGAGGCAGGGGCAACUUUGGUUUUCCUUUUCCCCACUCUUGCACUGCCACAGCCUAA